AUGGCGUUACCGGUGGUGGUAGACGCAGAAUACCUCAAGCAGAUCGAAAAGGCUCGCCGCGAUCUCCGAGCACUCAUCGCCAACAGAAACUGCGCUCCUAUCAUGCUUCGCUUAGCUUGGCACGACGCGGGCACUUACGAUGCCAGCUCGAAGACCGGUGGACCUAACGGUUCUAUCCGGAACGAGGAAGAGUAUUCUCACGGCGCUAACAAUGGUUUGAAGAAAGCUAUUGAUUUCUGUGAGGAAGUGAAGGCAAAGCAUCCUAAAAUCUCAUAUGCAGACCUUUAUCAGCUUGCAGGUGUUGUUGCAGUUGAGGUUACUGGGGGUCCCACAGUCAACUUUGUUCCCGGAAGAAGGGAUUCAAAAAUAUCUACCAGAGAUGGGCGGCUUCCCGAUGCUAAAAAAGGCGAGUCGCAUCUCCGUGAUAUCUUUUAUCGUAUGGGCUUGACUGACAAGGAUAUUGUUGCGCUGUCUGGGGCACAUACACUGGGAAGAGCACAUCAAGAGAGAUCAGGGUUUGAUGGCGCUUGGACAGAGGACCCUCUGAAGUUUGAUAACUCAUACUUUGAGAUACUUUUGGAAGAAGAUUCUGCAGGGCUGCUUAAACUUCCAACGGACAGGGCUUUAGUCGAUGAUCCUGAAUUUCGCCGUUAUGUUGAGCUGUAUGCGAAGGAUGAGGAUGCAUUUUUUCGAGAUUAUGCUGAAUCACAUAAGAAACUUUCAGAGCUUGGCUUUGUGCCAAGUUCAAAGGCGAAUGCUCCUAAGGAUGCGACCGUACUGGCACAAAGUGCUGUUGGAGCUGUAGUUGCUGCUGCAGUGGUCAUCCUCACUUACUUGUAUGAACAUUCCAAAAGAGGGAAGUAG